CAAUUCGUGUUUAAUUUCCCUUGUGCCCUUUCCUUUGUUUUGUUCACCGUUCUCAGAACAUCGUCGUUAUGUUCGUCGUUGUGACGAGUUAACAAAGUAGGCGAACGCGCAAUUUCGAUUCAUUCCACUUUCUCAGCACAAACUGAUCAGAUGUCGGCUGGUGUGGUUAGCGUUUUGUAGUGAGAGAGUGAUUUCGGUAGCACGAGAGGAAGAUCUUUGCGUUAAAGCACUAAAAGGUAGCAUUAGUUUUUGCUACGGUCCAGAACAUUCUUCGAAAAUGGAAGCUGUUAAACGAAAGCCAAAGAAAAAUAAAUGUAGCAAAAUUGCUACAAAACAAGACAAGGAGGCUACGACAUCGACAGCAGCAGCAACAGUAGCGCCAUCUCCACCACCAUCACCACCAGUUGCUUUGUCACAAGCAGAAGAAGAAGCACCCGUUAGCGACCAGCAACUAGAACAAUCGAUUUUACCAGACGCCGUGCAAGAAUUGGCGCCAAAAAUGGAAGAAACAGUAAACGGUGAAACCGAGGAUGAAAAGACUGAUGUAGCGACGGUGGUCGAUUUUACACCAACCGCGCCACCUUGCCAUUCCGCUCCUUCAGCAGCCACACUACCUGCCCUGCUGUAUCCGGAUCUGAGUCAACUCGUACAGGACGCUUGCAUCCAGCAGAUGGACAACGCCUUUUCGACGGUCACUAUGGACGAUUCAAGCGAAGAGCUUGAUAUUAAUGUGCAACAUGUACGCCCCCUGUACCUUGAGUGUAUUCAGCAGAUGGAGCAAACGGCGCUGGAAAGCGAACGGGAGCAACUGGACGCGCUGGAGCGUCAGUUCGUUGCGACGGAAAACCCGCACGCCGUCGCUAGAGAUCCGGGCGACUACGAUAGCGAUCUGCACCUGAGCCUACAAACGUACCGGGCCGCGUAUCACAGCUACUGCGAGAUUGUGAAGGAACGGUCGGUGGCCCAGCAGCAAAUUGCUAGCCUGCGUGGUAGAUGUUGGGACUUUCAGCAGGUAAAGUUCAGCGCGUCCGGUCACUGUGACGAUUCACGGUUGGUGAGUGUAUCAAUCAAGAGCCGCGUUGCCUCGCUGAACGUUGAACGGUGUAAGGAAGCAAAGGCGGAAAUGUCCUCAAUGCUGGAUCGGUGUGUGACCAAGGAGAAGGAAGCACUCAUACAGUUGCAUCACACACGCGCGAUAGUGGAAAAGAACGUGUCCGAUCCACCGAUCCCGGGUUACGAGCGAUCAGUUGCGUUGCGUCUGAAGCUUCGCAUUAUCGGCAACGCGUUGCGCGCCGAAACACAUCAGCACGGUUGCGAUAAGGGCGAGGGUUGCGAAUAUGUGCAAGAUUUGCGCAAAUGGUUCAUCCAGCUCGGUACGGGUAUGUUGCGCGCAGGCAGCGUGGACGAGCGCGUUUGGCUGAUGUUUCAUUUGCUACGCUUCCCGAACGGCACCGGAACGUGGGCCCACGUGCUGGUGCAUCCGCUACCGAUUGGGAAGCCAGACGGGCAGCUGGCCGACUUAGAGCUGCACGCCAUUCUGACACUCACCCACGUUCUGGUGCGACCGAUUGCCGAACGUCAAACAUUCCUGGCACCGGUAGACGAGCCGGCUGACUUGCGGCCAACACCGCCGGCGAACGAAUCAAAGACAGGCGGCGAUACGUUCGAGUGGGUCGAUAGCGAUGGUGAGGAAAGCUCCACCGACAAACGGAUCCGGCCGAUCAAGGAAAGUGAUUUGCUGGCGCUGCUCGAUCAAAUACCGUUCCGGCGGCUGUUCGGUUCCGUUACGAACCGCACGAUCGAACGGGUUAAGGUGCUGGACGCGGAACAUCUGCCCACGACGGAGAUGUUAAUCCUUACCCUGUUCGCUAACAAGCUGAUCGCUAUACUGGGCGAAGGAUUGGCGACGUACGGUGGGGGCAUUGCACGAUACAGCCAUUUCGCGCAACGGUUGGCACUGCUCAUCAACGAUACGGUCAAGUUUGUGGGUGACGUGAUGCGCUUCUAUCGCGAAAUGCGCACCCAUCCCUGCGCGUACAAACACGUCGAUGUGGUGCAGAUACACUUCGACACACUCGUGUACCGUGCGGCCCGUUCCAUUUACAGCGGCGGUGCGGUACUUGUCCGGCACCUAUCGACGCUACCGUUUGCGCUGCUAAGCUCACGCGCCUGCUGGUGGCUGUUUGACAGCAUGCUAAAGCAAAACUUCAAUCAACAGCCCGAUUUCGAUAAAUAUGAGACCGGUGAACUUUCCCUGCACGACUGCCCACUGAUGGAACAGUUUGGGAAAAAUCGGUCGAAAGAGAAUUCGGCACACGAUCUGUAUAAUGUGCUGAAACCGAUGGUCGAUCUAGCGCUUGCACGGGACGAAUCGGAUGAUGAAGAUUUUAUGUCGUCCGUCGCGGCAACACUGCUGGAGCUGCUGGCAGAGAUUGAUGCGGAAGAGCUGGUGUGGGCGGAGAUAAUUAUGGAACAAAUUCACAUCCUAAUGGAGCGGAACCCGGACGUACUGUCCGAUUUGUUGUAUACGCUCGUGCCGCAGGAUGCGAACCGCCAGCAAACCGUUGCCAAUGGUUGGCAGCUGAAGGGCAACAUGCUGUUGAAGGUGUUCAGCAGCAAAAAGUGGCUGGUCAUGCGCUGGAAGCCCGGUGAACACGCUGUGACUGCGCUGAUUCGGAUGCUGCUCAACUAUCCACGCGCACACAUUUAUCACAAGCUUUCGCUUGGAUUGCUGAUGUACAUAAACUACGGCGAUUCAGGCUGCUACCGUGUGCCAAAGUUUCUGCAAGUGCGUAUAGCCUAUAACAUCGUAGUAGCAUUUCGAAAGCAUCAACCACCCAAAACCAAUCCGGACGGUACUGUGGUGGUGGCAGUGACCGCGGAACAACAAACCGAGCUCCGGAACUAUCAGGAGCGCUGUCUGUAUGUGUUGCUGCAGCUGCGCUUACACGCGUUCGAUGGGCCGGUUAUUUACAUGCGAUCGUUGUUGGAAGAACCAUCCACUGUCGAGACUGUGAUGCUGUAUGGAGCCACGCCGGGAGCGGAAGUCCGGGCGGCCAUACAGGAGCAGUGCCCGGUAGCGUGCCUUUACGCCCUGCUGGCCAGCACCAUGGGUCACUGGGUGCCAGUGUUUUGCCAAGAUGGUACGGCAGCGCUGAGCGUAAUGUACGAACUGCACCAUCUCGACAUCGUCGUCGUACGCUGUCUCGAACUCAUCACCUACCUGUUCAACGAUUACCCGCUGGCACUGGCGAAUAACUCUCACUUUAUGGCAAUGCUCACGAAGCUGGUGGAGAAUGACGAUGUGCUGGACUGGGUACGGCAAACUACCGGUGAGCACCAGCAGCAGCAUCAGCAUACGCUUGCGAUGCAGCUGCUCACCGAGGCUGGUAUGGGCAAAAUGGGGUCGAUGUUAGUCUCCCAGACGGCCAUCUACUGGUGCCUCGGUUAUGCCACCCCACCGAUGCUCGUCUGCAUGUGGUUUGAUAUUUUGGCUGAAAUUAACCAAUGGUUCAACAAUGCCAAGGUGUUGCGGUUGCUGGACGUACUGGCCACCGUUUCGUUCGGGCAUGCGGAUGCCUGGAAAGCGCUAUCGGAUCGAUUCUAUCCUUACUUUAGGUCGCUCUCAGUGGUAAAACACAAGCAACAUACGCUCUGGUCGAAAAUAGUCGGGAUCGAGCAAACAAUGCUGUACGGCACACUGCCAAGCGAUUGUGUUGCGCUGGCGCUGCUCGUCUACGGUCUCGAACACCGGCUGGAACGCGAGACGACACUGUGGCCGAGACUGUUGCGUACGCUGAAGAGAAACCGCACCGUCAAGCUGGAUGCGGCGCUGCGCGAGAUCGCCGGUACGCUUUCCAUCCAGGAGGAAGAUUUCUGUCCCGCAGCCGAUUCGCUGGUAUUGUUCAAACUGGCACGAUUCCUGGUACGGGCCAACAUCGAGCAUCCACUGUAUUUGGGUCUGUGCCAGCUGUUUUUCACCCUGCUGCUGACGCGCGUUAGCGACGUUGGGGACGAGGUGCACGGUGUGGCGGACCGGUUGUACGACUACGAUACGGGACUGAUGGAGAAGGUCAAGCAGGUGCUGUGCAAACUGGAGGUGGCUUACCAUUGCCAGCAGGAAACGAACGACGAUGCACAGGAAAUGUUGCGUCUCGUAAAAGCGUUUCAACUAUGGUUGGUGGAUACGGACCUGAAUCGAAUCGAUCCGGAUGUUCCCAUCAACCUUCCGAGCCAGUAUGCUCUAAAUCAUCUACUGUCCGCUCUUAAUGGUUCAGAGGAAUUUUGGUUGGAGUGCACCAACAAACAAACUUUCCUGGCAGUCACCCGUAUGAUGAUCGAAGGCUGGUACCAUCUUUACCGCGUAGUUCCAAACCAUUCGUCGGCGUUUGGUGUUAUUACCAAUCAAACCACACCACUUCCACCAGCCCAGGCAAUCGAACGCCGGCUCGAGAACAGUUACACCGAUCCACAACCAAUACCGGUGGCGGAACAUCGGGCUGACCUGCAGGAUCUUACCGACGCGCUGAAAACACCACCGUCGGUACGGGUUAAGCGUAUCACCGAAAGUCUGCGGAUAGUGAAGCAACACAUCGACAAGACGCAUUGGCCGAUGAAGGACGAGCUGAAAGCGCGCGAGCACGAGCUGUUCGCUCUGUUUCAGCAGCUGUACGUGAACGAGGACAAGCAGGUGGUGCAGCAUGCGAAGUGCAGCAUGCUGUACUGUACCGGUGCAGCAUCGAUCAAUCUGCACACAAAGUGUGCCGCAAUCGACCGGAACGUGCAGGACCGUAUCGCUUCCCGGCUGAGCGGGUUGGAAGCGUUCCUGCAGCUCGUCAUCAACAUUCCACCCUACAUUAUGAAGCACACGAUCAUGUUGCGCGAGCUGUGGAACAGUCUGUUUGUGGAGUACUGCUCGGAGACGGAUCGUGCGUCCGCCGAGACGCUGAGUGAUGCCAUCCGGACGAUGUUACGCACGCUGCUGCACGAAGUGUCCGACGCUAACUUUGUGCCACCGUUAACGUUUGCGGUGCGGCUGAGCUUGGACACGUACCGAAGCGAUCUGGCGGCGAUCAUGCUGGAGGAGGUUGGGCAGAUGUUUGCGGGUGCGCUGGAAUGGGGACGGAAACCGUCCAGCGUGAUCGUUGCGAUGCUGGAGAACAGCCGCCUACCGGCUCGACCGUUGCUACAGGUGUACGGCCAGCUGGUGAAGCAACAGUCGGGCAUCCUGGAACGCACCAUGUUUGUGGAUCUGUUCGGCAAUAAGCUCAAUCUCCACCAGUGGCUCAAGCAGCACCACAUCACACCGGACGAGGUGGACCAGUUUGCCAGGCUGAUUGUGCUCGGCAUGUACAAAUCGCGCCCAGCUGACAGCGCUACUCCAGCACGUACCGAUGACCAAACCGAGCAGGAUAUUCAAUUUUCCGAUAUGCUGCUUUCCCAUCUGGAGCUUUUGGCCAACACCAGUUUUCCGGACAAUUUCGGUAAAAUGGUGCAGCACACCCUAAACGCUUACUCCCAGUGGCCUGUACUACCUCCGACCAUGUUGCUCCAGCUGCUGAAUGUGCUCCGUUCCCGGGCCAAUCUUCCCGUGCUGCAGCUGGGCAUGGGGGAGGACGCCCUACGGCAAGCACAUCGCCAAUUCGCCGAAGCAAACUGCAUCGAGCCGGUGUUAAGCUUCGAAGUGUUGGAGCUGGUAAUCGUAGCCGUAACGGAACACUUUGCACGGCAGCGUGACAGUGUGCACCCUUGGAACGGUAUGUACAAACGGCACGGUGCGUACGUGGAAGUGAUAGGAAUGCUGCUUGGCCUGCUGUCACACAGUUUUCUCGCGCACGGCAUGCAGGACAAUCGAAUCCGGGCUGUGCAAGACCACCUGUUGCCGGCUGUGUAUCGCAUGUUCGAACCGUGGGUCGUUCCAUACGGUGCGGAUCCGCCUGCCCUCGGUAGCCCAGGCUCGCAGCACCCAUUGCCGAAUGAAUCAUCGAGCCGUCAUGCGAACAACGAUAAGGCCAAGUGGAUGUUUAACGUACUGCUGCAGACGGUCGGUUACGCGCUGGAGAAGGUGCUGGUCGCGUACGCCGACACCGACCACGGCAGCCAAAUUCUGCUGUACUUCCUGCACUGGUACGUGGAAUGGUUCGUCGACACGCGCACUAUGAUAUCCGCCCUGUACGUCUUCAACACGCUCGUGCUCGAUCUGCCCUGGGAGCGUUUACAGCCGUCCGAAAUGCUUAUCGAACGGAUGCAUUUCCUGCUCGAACAUCACAGCCCGGAGUGCCACGAGCUGCUUGCGUGCGUGUUUGUGCGCUGCGACUGGACGGGAGCUGGGAGCGGUCCACUGCCCCGGUGGCUGCAACGAACGCACGCCUCGUCGUUGGCUAUCUGCGUACGCUUGGCGUACGAACCGGUAGUACGCUCGGAUGAGAAGGUGCGCGCAGCGAUGGUUCGAUUGCUGCAGUAUUUCGCCGGCCUAACGUGGGAAACGUUGCACGUGGCGGAACUUAUGCCGGCAUUGGAUUGGUUCGUUAUGACCGGGGACGCUGGCAGUAUGCUGCGCUCAACGAAAGCACCAUGCCACGAGCUAGACGAUGCACUGAUCAGAUAUCUUGAGAUUGUGGCCGGAAUGCGGUUUAACGAAGCGAACCGACUAGCGGCGGAUGGUAUGCAGCUGCUCAAGCGCAAACUACACAUCAGUGUCGUCGUGCGGAUGCUAAUGAAUGCUGGACGGGCGUCGGGUGGUAAGGUGGUGGCAAACGUGCGGCCACAAUUGACCGGUGCCGUGCAGCAACUGCUUCGUGCGAUUGGUGCCGUGCUGGAAGGGAUACCGCUUGAGCAGCCGGACCCGGCCACUGACAGUCCACGGCUGUUCGAGGCACGCACCAUGAUGACGGAGCUGCUAACGAGCAUCAACAAGUGGCAAACGGAAAGCACGCUAAGCGUCUUCGUCGAUGAGCUUAUUGCCAUGCUGGAACAUGAUCCCAACGCACCGCUGCUGACGCGCUGCGUACUCGCAUCAGCCACCCUGCUGGACAGCCCGGCCGAGCAUUGGAUGCGUCUGCUGGAAUCGGCCGUCGGCAGCUAUCUGCGCUCCUCGCCGGAUGCGUCAUGGAUGCAAGCGUUGCGCACGGUCGGCUGCACGGCAUUAAGCCGCUGGCAGAGUGCCCUGUUGCAACAGCACCGUCUACCGUUGUGCCUGACCUUGCACUACCUGUAUCACUGGCACCAUUCGCGUCACGACGCCGCAGCCCAGCUCGCCCUGUUCAACCAACUCGAGUUUAAAGUCUUCGAACUGGCCGAAUGGCAGCUGUACCCGCUCUGGUGCACGAUCAUCUACACCGUGCUCGCCGUACGGCCCGAACCGCACGCCUCUAUCCGGACCACCAUCGGGCUGCUCGGUGCGGUAAGCGAGAGCAGCACGUUCUGGGUGGUGGGCGUGCUGAAGAAGAUACUCGGCAAGGAGAAAGCGUCCACCGCACGGGCCACCCACUGUUUGAUUUCUUACGCGCUCGCCGCGCUGCUGGCCCACGCGUACGCGCGUCGCACACCGGCCGACGAACGGUCGGCGGCGGACGAUUACAGCGACGGCGGCACCGAACUGUUCACCCUUCCGAAGCUGCUGAGCGCACCGAACAAGCGUACCUCCCGCGCACGUAUCGCCACCACGGCGCUGGAACACUUUAAAGCCGCGUGCAGUGCGUCGUCCGGCGGCCACAAGGAACACCAGGCCCGGAUCGUUAAUGCGAUCGUCGCCACGGACGGCAGUGAGCAGGAUAUGCCGCGCCGGGUCUUGCUGCACGCCAAAGAUAUUAUCCUUUUGCUGGAAGGCCGGGCAGAGCCGUAUCUUAGCACACUGCAGGACGCGAUUACUGCCGGCACGGGACAGCUGUUCUAAGUGUGCUUCAUAAGCAGUGUUUUCAUUCCUUUCACUUAAAAUUGUUUUUUGUUUUUUUUUUUUUGGUUACCGAAUAACGCAUCCGCUGAUACAAAUAAACUAAUAAACGCGGUAACUCUAGGAACUAAGUAACUCCUA